CCUGUUUUAGUGUGACACCAUUUUUUUUUUCUGCGCGAGCGAACGCCAGGAACUUCCUUUUCCGGGUAAUCUCUUAAAAUGGCGGACGUUGAGCAGAAGAAGAAGCGCACUUUCAGGAAGUUCACCUACAGAGGUGUGGACCUGGACCAGCUCCUUGACAUGUCCUAUGAGCAACUCAUGCAGCUCUAUGGCGCUCGCCAGAGGAGGAGGUUGAACCGCGGCCUGAGGAGGAAGCAGCAGUCCCUCCUGAAGCGUCUGCGCAAGGCCAAGAAGGAGGCCCCUCCCAUGGAGAAGCCAGAGGUGGUGAAAACCCACCUGAGGGACAUGGUCAUCCUGCCGGAGAUGGUAGGCUCCAUGGUUGGUGUGUACAAUGGCAAGACCUUCAACCAGGUUGAAAUCAAGCCUGAGAUGAUUGGUCACUACCUUGGAGAAUUCUCAAUCACAUACAAGCCUGUUAAGCACGGUCGUCCUGGUAUUGGGGCCACCCACUCCUCUCGCUUCAUUCCUCUGAAGUAAAAAGUGAUUGAUGUAAAUAAAAGUGACUUCUAACACGUGGAA